UAAUUUGACAAAAAUUAUUUCUAUAGAAACGCUUGUCAUAAAUUUAAUCAUCCGUCAUAUUUAUUGAUUUUUCAUUGUUAUCAUUAUUGUUAGACUAACUUUAGCUUUUAGAAUUAGUGAUAAUUGUUUUUCAGAAACUAAUUUAAUUAGUUAGGUAUAAGUCAUACUCUAAAUUAAUAACGUUGAAAAGAACAUUGACACUGAAAGUGUUACCAUGGUUACCAGUAAGUCAACAGAACCAAGAUCACGUUAUAGCUAUAAAAAUGUCACUCUUUGUUUGUAUAAAACACUGCAACGUGAAAAUAUAAAUCAGGCGCGCAAGUGUCAUGAAAAAGAAAAAAAAGUAUAUUUAUAAGUUAUAAUUAAAUAUUAUUAACUAUUUUUUUUUGUUGAUUACCCUUAUUAUUUUUUGUAAUAUUUUUAAUGUCAAAGGUAAAAUGAAGUUACUCUUUACGUUGUGACAUUGAUAAUAUUAUGUAGGGUAAAAAAAUUAAAAGUUUACGUCAACGGAAAAUUAUAAAUACAAUGGAUAGUUUGAAAAAAAAUUCAUCACCUGAAACUUUUCGUGAUGAUAAAAUGCCACCCUGGUUAUUAGAAAUGACUGAAAAUGUAAGAAAAUUAAGUCGAGAUAAUUUUAUUUCAUUGCCGACGCAAUUGAAUUUAAGUGAAGAAUCACCCAAGCCAGCUGAUAAAAUUAAUAAACCUGAGAAGCGACGUAGUGGUCGACGAGCCCAGACCUAUGAAAAAAGUGAUUAUCCUAAAAAAACAGACAACCGCAAAGAAAUCAAUUGUGUGUCGGCGUCGUUACUUGAAACUCGAAGCAAAUUUAACAAGCCUUCGUUGGUAUCAAAUAUUUCGCUACGUGAAUUAAAAGAUAGGGAUAACACCCAUUUGGAUUUAAAUUUACCAGCGAAUCCUUACGAUACAAUAAAUUUCUUCGCCGACGAACGGAAGUCGUCGAUUGAUUCAUUGCUGUCGAGUCAGCUGAAAAACCUGAAUCUUGGCGAAUUGGAAACAUUUGACCUUGGAGAGACUUCUGGGCUAAAUACCAGAAAAAUAAAUAAUUUAUUCAACCGAGACACUAAUUAUUCUUUUAAAGGUUCUGAUAAAAACGUACAUGAUUUUAUAAUACCAGAAUUACCUUCUGGAGAGUCAUUGACUAUAGAUAUCCUCAGCACAUGGGGUGAUAAGAAUUACGUCGGGCUUAAUGGAAUUGAAAUAUUUUCAUCAACUGGUCAAACUCCGAUAAUAACUAAAAUUUGGAAUGACUGUGAUGGGAGUUGUACAGAGAACGAAGAUGAAAAAAGCAAUACAAUAAAUAAUUUAAUUAACGGAGUAUAUCGAACUAAAAAUGACUUAGACAUGUGGUUAAUACCAUUUACUACAGGAAAUCAUCAUUGCAUACAUAUUGCAUUUUCUGAAAGUACCAAAAUUGCUUUAAUAAGAAUAUGGAAUUACAAUAAGUCAAGGAUACAUUCUUAUCAAGGUGCCAAACAUGUUGUUAUUAAAUUAGAUGAUGUUAUUAUUUUUGACGGUGAAAUCGCGCGAUCAUCUGGUGAUAUUACGGGAGAUAUUAAUUCAUUUGGAGAUACUAUUUUAUUUACAACUGACGAAGAAAUACUAGAGCUGAUUUCGGAUAAUGAUAUAAAUUUCGAUAAUGGUGAAGAUAACUCUCCUGAAGAAAUUGAAAUAAAUAGACCGAUCACCGGAUCAACUGACAAAAUUAACGAACUACACAUUAGUCAAUCGGAUGAGCAACUUAAUUUAACUGGAAGUAGUGAUAAAGAUAUAUCUAUUGCAUGCAAACAAAUUAAAUUAUUUUUGUUAUCUAAUUGGAAUUUUAAUGAUAUGAUUGGUUUAAACGGAAUAGAAAUAAUAAAUGAUCAGGGUGCAAUAAUUCCAGCGUCGCAGUUAUCAUUAAAUUGCAACAUUAAAGAUAGCAAUGAAGAAAUUUUUCAUCUUGUAGAUGGAAUUAAUUUAACUACUGAUUCCGAUCACAUGUGGAUAAUAAAUAAUGAUCCAGAUUCAUUAGUCACCAUUACCAUAAUAUUCAAUACUGAAUUAUUUAUCACAGGUUUAAAUAUAUGGAAUUAUAAUUAUUCACUUGAGUCAUCAUACUGCGGAGUCAAACAAAUGCUUGUAGAAUUAGAUGGGAAGAAAUUAUUCGAUGAUGAUUUCGAAGGCUUUUUGCUAAGACGAGCACCUGGCUCGUGUCAUUAUAAUUUUUCCCAGGAAAUAAGUUUUGUGAACCGACCCAAGGUAGCUGUUGGUAAAAAUUAUAGUGCGUCUGCUGAAAGAAUAGUUGAAGAUAAAUUUAAUAUAAUUAAACUAUCAAGAGAUGUCUUAGAAAAUAGUGAUUAUGAAUCACCGCCAGUACCCCAAGGCUUUGUUUACCAAAUUGUUAUAUUUUCAACUUGGGGUGAUGCUUAUUAUGUUGGUUUGAAUGGUAUUGAAUUAUUUGAUGCUGAUAAACAAAAAAUUCAUUUAAAUAAAAAAAACAUCACAGCGUACCCAGAAAGUGUUAAUGUUAUCGAGGGUAUCGAAAACGAUAUCAGGACACCUGAUAAAUUAAUAGAUAAUAUAAAUGACUGUAAAGAUGGAAAUCAUUCAUGGCUAGCUCCAAUUCUACCGGGACAAAUAAAUCGUAUUUAUAUAAUAUUUAACGAUCCAAUGACUGUGUCAAUGAUUAGAAUAUGGAAUUAUUCUAAAACUUUAGAAAGAAGAGUCAAAGAAUUUGGGAUUUUCGUUGAUGAUUUAUUGGUAUACAAUGGCAUGUUAGCAGAGAAUGAUGCAAACGGUACUGUAUACUUUAGCAGCAAUAAUUAUCGAGACAUACAACUGGCAAAAUCAACAUCGGAUCAAGAAAUAAAUUUAUUGAAUUUAGAAAAAGUUAAUCAGGACGAAGAUUCACAACCAGACCAAUUGCUGAGACCUUAUACCUCAUUGCUGCCAAAAAAUUAACGCAAUUCUGUACAAUAAAUUCUAAAAACAUUUUUUAUACAUAAAUCAAAAUAUUUUUGUUAUUGCAAUCAGUAUUCGAUAUUCAUUUAUUA